AUGUUAUUUCAGUCCUCUUCAGAUCCAUACAGAAAAUCGACUCAGGAACUUAUCGUCCUGCGACAUGGUGAAGAACACGUUCUAGUACCGGUCCCGGAGUCGUAUGAGGAAGCUCUUGAGCUUGCGCAGGAAGAGUUCAAGCUUCAUGGUGAACUGCGCUUCGUCACCCAGGACCUCGCUGGCAGCGAUGGACAGAAAGUCAAGAUUCAUAAGGACGCGUGGAAGGGGAUCAUUAACUUGCUGAACUCUAUGGCCGUAGAAUCUGUCGGCAAAGCACCCAUGUCUCGGGCAAGCGGGCCAAGCAUGAAACUAUCCUCUCGUGGUGUCUCAGCGCAGGACCGAGUCGUUCCCCGUGCUAGUCUGGACUCAGUCAGUCAUGGAAAUAGCUUACCAUUGAGUGUUGCGCCUGCACCAGCUCACAAUGUUCCUCUUGCCCCUGUUCCAUCUCACGUUGGGCCUCCCACUCCGGCGUCAUCUUGUACAUCCUCGAACAAUAUGAGCGCGCAAACUAGCCAGAGUGACAAGGGCGGCAACGCCAAUAAUUCAUUAAAGACAAGUGAUGAUGUUAAUGAAAGCAUGAUCGACGAAGAGAUGGACGAGGACAGCGUCAUCAUAACGAGAUUUAAAGGCAAAGAUACUCGUCUAUACCUAGACGAGGAGGAAGAGGACGAGCUUGACGAACCUAAAGAAAUCGGAGAGGAAAUACAAAGUGGAGAAGAUCCCAAAGGACUGGUAGAACUUCAGGACGUGUAUGCAGCCCCGGCAGGCAGCUCUGUCAAGCAAGACCCUGCUCCUGCCCCUAGUCCCGAGCCCAAGAGCGAACCGAAGAAAGAGCAAUCCGCAAUCGUCUCAACAAAAGAUAGCAGACAGAGCUCGGUAGCCAAUCAGCGACUCAGUUUCGCCUCACAGCCACAGGAACGAUCGCAGCCUGAAGAGAAGUUUGUUAUCAGCAUUGAAUACCUCAACGGUGCGAACUCUGCAGACAAGUUGAUGUUCAAGACACGCGGGCGACACACCGUGGCCAAGGUGUUGCUUCAGGCAUGUAGAACGUUUGGCCUUGAGCACCUCUACGACAGUGCUCGGCUUGUUCUCAUACUUCCAAUCCAAGAAGGGGAUGGUGAAUGGGUUGAAGAAAAGUUCCUUUGCGAUCCGGAAGAUACAAUGUCGAUGGUAGGCGCGGGUUCAGAAUCUCGCUUCGCGAUCGAAGUUGGUAGCGAGAUUGACGGUGAUGAGUAA